AUGCCGGCUAAAGUGCAAAUUAACAAGCACAUAUAUAAUAAGAUUAGUAGCCAGUUGACGGUUAUCUUGUUAUUCAACCCGAAUCGCCCCCACCUAACCCAUAGACACAAAGUUAAUUUCUCUAAAAAUGAUGCCUGGUUAGACUGGAACAGCAUCUAUACAUAUAUUUGCUGCAAAGGUCGUAAUUAUGGGGCCAUCACUUGCGAAACAUGUAAAGCCUUUUUUAGACGCGUUGUCACCAAGGACUAUAGACAUCUUGAUUGUCAUCUGAACGGCUUUACUGAUGAAGAACUCAACGAACAGAUUAUGGAAAUUGAGAGUAUCGUCAAAAAUGAUAUACAGAUUCAGUAUAAGUCAUACCAGAAUCGAUUGAAACAGGAGUUCUUGAAGUGGUCAGUCAUUCCCGUGUUUAAGACUAUUACCGAUUAUAAUGGUAUCAAUCAGUUGGAGUCCACGCGUAUAACAGAGUCUGACAUUUGUCCCGAAGACCAGCUAUUAUUGGUGAAGAAAGGCUGCUUUGAAGACAAUGAUUAUUCACUGAGAAUCGGUGGUGAAAUAUUUGAAUUAACCGUGUUCAAAGACUUUUUGAAUAAUAUGAUACCUCAAUGGAAUCAGGAUUCUAUCAUUAUGGACCUGUUAACAGUGAUUAUACUAUUUAACCCGAAUCGACCCAAUCUGAGACAUAAACACUACAUUAACCUGGAGCAACAGUUGUAUAUAUAUUUACUGCAACGACCACGUGGUCGUGCUUUUUGUGCCCCCGUGCCGUCCGUAAGUACUUAUGAAGGAGGGGUUUCAUCUGGUCUCAGACACAGCCCUUCCCGGCACUUCUCGCCCUCCGAACAGACGUCCCCACAUUCCAGGCUCGGGUCAAAGGCCUUCCCAUCUUCCUCCCGCUUACGUCGCCAUAGGAUAGCCUCACCGCCAUUGACGCUAUUGAUGGCCCGCAGUUUGGUUAAGUAG